AGCACAACCGUGAGACCCUCCUCGAGGGAAAGAAUCAUAGAAGGUUCUUUCCGUGAUCUGCCUAAACUCGAGAUAAAUCGCGUCAUUCCUCCUCCGUCGGGUAUCAUGACUAAGCGCUAAUACCCCGCAAUACCCACAGGCCGUACAAAAGCACUUCCUCGGGCUCCCUUGCUGUUGCUCCUACCGCACCUCCAUAUCCAUCUGAUCCAUCCCAGAAAAAUGACUACAAUCAACAAAGCCGCCCCAAACACACCCUACUACACCCCGGCCCAAGAACCCCCCGCUGGAACCUUCCUCCCAACCCCCGGCAAGCCCUGCCCAACUCUCUUCAAACCCCUCAAAAUCAAAAACACAACCUUCAACAACCGCUUCUGGGUCUCCCCAAUGUGUCAAUACUCCGCCGACGACGGACACAUGACAGACUACCAUCUUGUCCACCUCGGCGCAAUCGCCAUGCGUGGACCGGGAUUUACGAUGAUUGAGGCGACGGCGGUUACGCCCGAGGGGAGGAUUACGCCCCAGGAUGUAGGAUUGUGGAAGGAUGAGCAGAUUGCGGGGGUCAAGAAGGUUGCGGAUUUUGUGAAGAGUCAGGGACAGGUUGUUGGGAUGCAGAUUGCCCACGCGGGUCGUAAGGGAUCUACCCUUGCUCCUUGGUUGGGAACGGCUGUUGCGCCUGAAGGUGAGGGACAGGGUUUUGCGAAGGACGUCAUUGCUCCCUCUGCCGAGGCGUGGGACGAGAACCAUGCUACGCCCAAGGAGAUGUCACUCGACGACAUCGAGAAGAUCAAGCAAGCCUUCGUCGUAACCGCCAAGCGCGCAAUUAAAGCCGGUGUCCAAGUCAUCGAGAUCCAUGGCGCUCACGGAUACCUCCUCCACGAAUUUGUGUCCCCCGCAACCAACCACCGUACCGACCAAUACGGCGGUUCCUUCGACAAUCGCAUCCGUCUCUCGCUCGAGAUCUGCGAGGCGGUCAAGGCUGCCAUUCCGGCUGAAACGCCCUUGUUCUACCGCGUCUCGGCAACUGACUGGCUCGAGCCCGGAAAAGGCUGGGACCUCGACCAAUCGAUCGAACUCGCCAAACGCCUCCACUCCAUCGGCAUCGACCUCCUCGACGUCUCCUCCGGCGGGAACCACUGCGCCCAACAGAUCAAUGCCCAUCCCGGCUUCCAGGUCCCCUUCGCCACAGCUAUCAAGAAAGCCGUGCCUGGACUCUUGGUCGGAGCAGUCGGACUCAUCGUGACGAGUGAGAUGGCGAGGGACGUGGUAGAGAAGGAGGAGGCGGAUGUGGUGUUUGUUGCGAGGGAGUUCUUGAGGGAUCCGAGUUUUGUGUUGAGGUGUGCGCAUGAGUUGGGGGUUGAGGUGAAAUGGCCGAAUCAAUAUCAUCGUGCGCAGUUUCAUUAAGCGUCUGAAAAGCGUGUGAAGUUGAUCGAUGGGUGUAUGAUAUGAUGGGAUAUCUCAAGAUAAGACCAAUAUGAUGAUGUAUUACUCGAGAGCU